ACUGUGGGAUCUUUGUUAUUCUCGCGUGAUAAUUAAUCGCGAAAUAUUUUGUGGGCAAAUAGUUUUUAGAAGUUUAGUUAAAUCUGAAUUUGGUUAUCGUAAAGACUUUAAGAAAGAUGGAUUCGUCAAUCACGAGCCCUACAUCCGUGCCUCUGCCACGUGUAGGGGUUCAUUACCGGUUGUAAGAACGUGCACACAAAAUUCACUUCCUUGCUGCCACGGGCCCACAAUCAGCGGUGAGGUAAAGAACUAGGAUUUAGAGUUGUAAGAAGCAAGAAGCCGAUCAACAUAUGGGGGCCCUUUCUUCGAUGAGAGCGGUAGGUGCAAUUCUUUAUAGAAUCUCAUAUGGCGCCGUCUCAAAAUGCUCCUUCAAAUUCAAUUCAUCUGCACCCUCUAAACAUUAUUUGCUUAGUAGGAAUCAGUUGUCAUCAAAAUCAUCGAUAUCUUCAUGGGCUCACUUCUAUGAAGUGAAACUCUCUAACUAUCAACUCAGGACAAUACGGACUUCCCCACUUGUUUGUAUGGGCAGGCGUUCUUGCAAAAUUGCUGGCCGAAAGGGGGCUCAAGAUGCAAAGAAGGCAAAAUUGUACUCAAGGAUGGGGAAGGAAGUCAUAUCUGCUGUUAAGAAAGGUGGUCCAAGUCCUAUUUCAAAUAUGGUUCUGGCUGCUGUACUUGAGAAAGCCAAGGAGCUGGAUGUACCCAAAGAAAUUUUGGAGCGCAACAUUAAGAGAGCUAGUGAGAAGGGUCAAGAGGCUUACAUUGAGAAAAUAUAUGAGGUUUAUGGUUAUGGUGGAGUUAGUAUGGUGGUUGAAGUCCUUACAGAUAAAAUUAAUCGAUCAGUGGCACUUGUUAGAGAGGUCGUGAAGGACUAUGGAGGAAAGAUGGCAGAUCCAGGAUCUGUUAUGUUCAAGUUCAGACGUGUUCGUGUUGUAAAUGUAAAAGUUACAGAUGCUGACAAAGACCAGCUACUUGCCAUUGCUUUAGAUACUGGUGCCGAGGAUGUUAUUGAACCUCCUAUCUAUGAAAAUGAUGCUGAUGAAGAUAGGUCAGAAAGCUAUUAUAAAAUUGUAAGUUCGGCGGAGAACUACCCAUCUAUACUAUCAAUGCUACGUGAGGAAGGAAUACAAUUUGAGACUGAUAAUGGUUCUGAGUUGAUUCCCAUAACCACUAUAGAGGUAGAUGAAGAAGCUAUGGAUUUGAACAAGGAACUAAUGUCUAAAUUACUUGAGCUUGAUGAUGUUGAUGCUGUUUAUACUGACCAGAAGUGAUCAAAUCUGUAUCGUCUUACACCAUCUCAGCAAUUGAAAUUGAAUUGAGGUUUUGAUGCUUUAAUGAUGGAAUUCCGAGUAUCAUAUUUUUCCAGAGAAUGACUCUUCAUUUGGCUGUGUAACUCAAUGGGAAGACCCCAAUGUUGUUCGGUGUUGGCUUCAGUCUUCUACGGAGUUAAGGAAAGUUGAAGUGAAGAGCGAUAUACAUUUUUAUUUAUGAUUAUUGAAACUGGGAGAAAAUAAAUAGCUGACUUUACCGAGUUGUUUUGGGAUGAUGAAUCAUUUGAUAUUGUGAGGAUGGACUUACAAUAAUGAUAAAUUGAUUGUUUAGAUGUAAA